CUUCUUCUUGCCCUUUCUCAUGAAAAUUGCAGUGCCAAAGCAAGCCAUCAAUGUCCAGCUUCUUCUUGUAGCAAUAUUCUGAAUAUUUAUCAUCCUUUCUAUUCUUGCACCGUUCCACCAAAAUGUAGAGACCCAAAGUAUAAGAAAAUUCUAUGCAAGAAAUCGAUUAUAUUCACUCGAUCAAAGUUGUGGAUCCUAGUGUUAAUCAAGGUAACUGUUCUUCACUACCUCUCUAUUCCCUUGGCAUUGAUAAGGUCACAACAGACAGUGAUCCAUAUUACUUUCAUCUUGGAGAAGCUCCUCUUUUCCUAAACUGUGGAAAACUAGUGAAUGAUAUUCGCUAUGUGGAUGCUUCCUCUUGCAUUGAUGCUACUAAUUCAUCCAACUCUAAAAAGGAAAAAUUGGGGGAAGGGGGUUUCGGCAAGCUUUAUGAAGCAAGGCUUAAGAGUGGUGGUCUUGCUGCGAUCAAGUUAUUGGGCAAAUCCAAAGUCACAACCCAAGAUUUUUUCAGUGAAGUAGCAACAGUUGGAAGUAUUCACCAUGUCAAUGUGGUAAAACUUAUUGGCUUUUGUGUUGAGGGUUCAAACCGUGCAGUUGUGUAUGACUUCAUGCCUAAUGCAAGAGGAACACUAGGAUACAUGGCACCUGAGUUGGUCUAUAGAAACAAUGGAGGUGUCUCACACAAGGCUGAUGUCUAUAGCUUUGGAAUAUUGUUGAUGGAAACGGCUAGCAGGAGAAGGAAAUUAAACCCAAAUGCAGAGCAUUCGAGUCAAAUUUACUUUCCUACAUGGGUUUUACAACAAUUGAAUAAAGGAAUGGAGCUGGAAAUAAGAGAAGCCAAGGAAGAUGAAAAGAGAAUGGCAAAGAAAAUGAUCAUUGUGGCUUGGUGGUGUAUACAAGUGAAACCAAGCAACUGUCCUUUAAUGAACAAAGUGGUGGAGAUGCUUGAAGCGAAUCUCGAAAGUUUAGAAAUGCCUCCUAGGCCCUUCCAAAUUUAUCCAUAUGCAAUUGAAGAAGAUGAUGCUAAAAUGAAAACCAACCCCACACAGCUUUCUAGUUAUCCAUCAGAUGAUGAUAUGGAGACAGAAUCAGAAUCAGAAUCAGCCAGUUUGAUUGAAAAUGAAAAUUAAGCAAAACUGUUACGGAGAAGCCUAAUUAAGUAGAGUUUUCUUU